GUUUAUAUUUAUUAUGAAGGCACAUGACAAAUGAAAAUUUACGAUUUCUGCAAACUUUAUGACUUUUCUUGGUUUUUUUCAAAGAUGUAGCCUUAUAUUUUGCAAAGGUUGAACGUUUAUGAUGAGAUCUUAAGAUGACUGACAUUUAAUAUUCGGAUAUUUGCCAAAAUUGAACAAAAUCAGAUUUAACUAAGAAGUUUCCAGACCAACCAAUGUUUUCUCAAUAAGCAGAUUGUAAUGGCUUCCUUUAGCAUCAUACAUUUUAAUGAUGUUUAUAAUAUUGAGCCGUGUCCGAUGGAGCCUAUAGGGGGAGCUGCUAGGUUGUCUUGGUAUAUUAAAUCCUGUGACGAUCCUGUUGUUUUGUUCAGUGGAGAUGUUCUUAGUCCUUCUCUCAUGAGUAUAUUUUUAAAAGGAGAACAAAUGAUACCAGUUUUAAAUGGAGUAGGAGUAAAAUGUGCUGUAUUUGGAAACCACGACUUUGAUUUUGGUGUGGAUCAUCUAGAAGAUUUAUUAGCUGAUACGUUGUUUCCAUGGCUACUGAGCAACGUAAUUGAUAACUUAACAAAUGAACCUUUAGCUUAUGCUGAAAUAAGUCAAGUCAUUGUUUCAAAUGGUAUUAAGAUAGGUCUUAUGGGACUAGUUGAAGAGGAAUGGAUAGUGACUCUAGCCACAAUAGAUCCUGAAGAUGUAACAUUCAAAGAUUAUGUUGAAAGUGGGAGACAGAUAGCACAUUCACUCAGAACUCAGGGAGCAGAUAUUGUGAUAGCGUUAACUCACAUGAGAUGGCCGAAUGAUAUAAGAUUAGCAGAAGAAGUUGAAGAUAUAGAUAUUAUACUGGGAGGCCAUGAUCAUGAUUAUAAUGUACAACAGAUAAACGGUACAUAUAUAGUCAAGAGUGGAACAGAUUUCCGUAAUUUAAGUCAUAUUCAUGUAACGAAAGAUGAGAAUGGAAAAUGGAAGUUUGAUAUCAAAGAAGUUGAACUGGAUUCGUCAGUGAAGGAAGAUCCUGUGAUUAGAGAACUGGUUAUGGCUAAAUUAGCUCUAGUAGAUGAUAAAAUGGAUAAUAAGUUAGGUGAUAUGAUGGUGGAACUGGACGGCAGGUUCUCUAAAAUCAGAACUCAGGAAACUAAUUUAGGAAAUUUUGUAACUGAUAUAAUUCUAACAGCUACGAAUGCUGAUAUGACGAUAUUAAACUCAGGAACAUUUAGAUCUGAUCGAAUUCAUCCUCGUGGAGAAUUUAAGAUCCGAGAUCUGUUAACUAUUCUUCCAUUGUUAGAUAAUAUGCUGGUCAUACAAUGUACAGGCAAGCAGAUAGUGCAAGCGUUAGAAAAUGGUGUAUCUCAAUAUCCCAAACUAGAAGGUCGUUUUCCACAAGUAGCUGGUUGUAGGUUUGGAUUUGACCCAAGUAAAGCGAAAGGUCAUCGUGUUGACCCUGCUCUAGUUCAGAUUCAAGACCAGUAUAUCGAUCUAGAGAAGACAUACAGGUUGUGUACCAAAGAAUAUAUUGCGAAUGGAAAAGAUGAUUAUACUAUGUUUAAAGAUUGUCCAAUAUUGGUUAGCACAGAGAAUUGUCCGACGAUAUCUACGUGUGUUCAGAAUCAUUUUGAAUCAGUUCAGAUAUUACUAGGUAAUAAAGAAUGUAGAUCAGGCCAUAAACAAAGUCUACUGUGUCUUGUCAAGAAAGAAGAUAUUAUAGUGAGUAAACAGGAGAGUUCUGACUCCAUCAAUAAAACAUUGGUACGACAACAGAGUAUCCAUGAUGCUGAGAUAGAGAAACCCCAUCUAGCACCUAUCGUUGACGGCAGGAUCUUUCAGUAUGAUGAUGAGAAACAUAUCGUGAUGUUGGCAUUAAAAGAUUCCCGGAGUGUGAAAAGAUUAGAUUUACGUCAAGAAGAGCUAACUUCUAGUUUCGAUGCUGGAGAUGAGGAUGAGGGAUUGGAAGAAAUGGUGUCUAACUGACAGGAUUUUUAACGACCCUCGAUUUUAUAAGAUUCUAAUUUGUGCCAAACAAUCUUAAUCAAGAGCUGUCAUAAUCAUCAUUCCAGCAAAUACAAUUAUAAUAAUAAACUCUUUAUUUUACAUGGGUCAAAAUUAGGACAUGGUCCUGUCUAAUAUUCAGCCCAAGGGGACAAUAUCAUGAAUG